GCCAAACGCCACCUUCCAACUCCUCCCUCUAUAAAUUAAACCCUCAAUUCCUCCGUCCAACUCCAUUUCCGUUUCCAGUUCUCGCCAACAUCUCCUCUUGUCAUCAUGUCGUCCAUCAGACUGCCUACCCAAAGCAUGGUCAGAAGCUCACCCCAAAACCUCAGCCGUCCUAGUGCUUUCCUAAAGCGCCCAUUUACUCUUCCAACAGUGAAGAGUGUCUCAAAAGCCUUCGGCUUGAAAUCCGGCUCUUCCUUCAGGGUAACGGCCAUGGCGUCAUACAAGGUUAAGCUUGUAGGACCAGAUGGUGAAGAGUGUGAAUUCGAUGCACCUGAUGAUUGUUACAUUCUGGAUUCAGCCGAGAGCGCUGGAAUUGAGCUGCCAUAUUCUUGCAGGGCUGGUGCAUGCUCAACAUGUGCCGGUAAGAUGGUUACUGGUGCGGUCGACCAAUCUGAUGGAUCUUUUCUUGAUGACAACCAAAUGAAGGAGGGUUACUUGCUGACUUGCAUUUCUUACCCGACUUCCGAUUGCGUGAUUCACACCCACAAAGAAGGCGAUCUUUACUGAGUCUGGUAUGUUUUCAACUUUUGUGAGUCUUUGUCGAUCUAAAUUUCAAAUGAUUUGGUAGGUUUUGGAACUUCGUUGUUUUCUAGAAUGAAACCUGUUUUCAGUUGCAGAAUGCUAGUUUUUUCUUGGUUGCAAUAAGUAUUUCAAAUCCUGUGACUGUUUUUGAUAUUGAGGUAAAGAGAUUAAGAACAUGCUUCAAUUUC